AUGACGGUGAUCAUGAUUAUACAUGUCAGGAGCAAAUUCACGGCUGUUGGCCGCAAGGAGAUCACGACCUUCUUCUAUUCAUACAUCCUCCUCACGAUCUGCUCCCUGGUCAUCGAUUGUGGAGUGGUACCACCUGCAUCCGCAGCAUACACAUACUUCGUCGCUGUACAAUGUGGUCUGGCCUCAGCAACAUGCAUAUGUCUGAUGAUCAACGGUUUCGUGGGCUUCCAGCUCUAUGAGGAUGGGACGACACUUUCGGUCUGGCUUCUGCGAAUCUGCAGUGUUGUCAUGUUCUUGAUCAGCUUCGCAGUAUCGCUUAUGACGUUCAAGACCUGGGGAGGCCUCGGACCAACGAACACGGUCGGCCUGUUCGUGGUGGUGUACAUGUUCAGCGCGAUCUUCAUCUUCGUGUACGUGGUUAUGCAAAUCUUGCUGAUCGUCGGUACGCUGCAAGAGAGGUGGCCGCUGUGGCACAUUGGAUUCGGCAUCUUCGCACUGGUCAUUGGACAGGUGAUAUUAUAUGUCUUCAGCGAGGUCAUCUGCGACAAUGUCCAGCACUAUCUUGAUGGAUUGUUCUUCGCAACACUUCUCAAUCUGCUAGCCGUGAUGAUGGUCUACAAGUACUGGGACUCGAUCACGAGAGAGGACCUCGAAUUCUCUGUUGGUGCAAGACAAGGCAACUGGGAGGUCAAGCAACUCUUGCCAGAGGACGAUAUGCACAACGCUCCAUACGGCGGCGACAACAGCGACUAUGCGUCAAGCAUGUAUCAACAGCCUGCAAGGCGCGAGUCAUCGUACGGUGGCUAUUGA